AUAGAAAUUAGAAGCUGUUGGCUUUAUUUAGACUUAGUAGACAUUUAUUAUUACUUUUUUUACGAUUUAUAAAAACGUCGCCAUGACUACGCUAGUUUUAUCACAAAUCCAGAGUGGUAAUUUCAUACACUAUAUAACGUAACAUUGUUAAUGGACCAAUUGAAGCAUUGUUGAAAUCCAUGCUGCUAGUAAAAAGUACAAGUAAAGUACCAAAUUCAAGAAUAUUUUUUAAUACAGUUAUCUGAUGAAGAAGAAGACAUCAAAGUAUCACUGAUGGCUGAUAUAGAACAGUCCAGUCUUGACCUGGGCAAUGUAAUAAAACAUGAGAAGAAAGAAAGUCUGAAUGAAAUAUGUUUAAUAACACAGUCAUGUGAACUACAAGACAUGAAAUUUUCACAUGUGAAAAUUGAAAAGACUGAAGGAGAUGAAGUAACUUCUUCUAUGCAGCCAUUUGAAGAAAACUACUGCCAUGGUCAAACUUGUAAUGUAAUCCCUGGACAUCAGGCAGAUGAUGUUCUAAAGCAGGAGAUAAAAAUGUCUUGUACUACUGAAAGUGAUAAACCAUUGUCCUUAGCAUCAAGACUACUGGCUAUGUCAAAGAAGGCAGACAGAAACUUUUAUCCGGUGCCUAUUAUUUUGCCGAACUUAAAACUAACUGAACAUGUAUCUGUCGCAGAACUAUCAUCAAUGAGUGAGAUGAAAAUCACAAAGCAAGAUAAAGAAAUGACUUCAACAAAUGUAUUUGUAAAGGAUAUGAAUGAUCAUAUGGAACAAAGCCUAUCCAAUGAAACUGUUUCAGAUAAGACCAAGAAUUCUACGUGCACUGAUAAUCAUCAAAUAAAUAAACUUUUUACUUGUCAAAUUUCUCAAAAAAGGUUUUCUAGCUCUAAAAUAUUACAAAAUCAUGAGUUGAUUCAUGCUGGUGAAAAAACAUUUAAAUGUCAAAUAUGUCAGAAAGAAUAUUUUCAUUCUUCCAAUUUGAAACGACACCAAGAGACUCAUACUGGUGAAAAACCAUUUAAAUGUCAAAUAUGUCAGAAAGAAUAUUUUUAUUCUUCCCAUUUGAAACGACACCAACAGACUCAUACUGGUGAAAAACCAUUUAAAUGUCAAAUAUGUCAGAAAGGAUUUACUCAGUCUUUUAGAUUUAAAUUCCACCAACGGAUUCAUACUGGUGAAAAAACAUUUAAAUGUCAAAUAUGUGAGAAAGGAUUUUCUCAGUCUCAAAGUUUGAAACUACACCAAUUGACUCAUACUGGUGAAAAACCAUUUAAAUGUCCAAUAUGUCAGAAAGGAUUUUCUCAGUCUCAAAGUUUGAAACUACACCAAUUGACUCAUACUGGUGAAAAACCAUUUCAAUGUCCAAUAUGUCAGAAAGGAUUUUUUCGUUCUAGUAGUUUGAAGAAACACCAACUGACUCAUAAUGGUGAAAAACCAUUUAAAUGUCCAAUAUGUCAGAAAGGAUUUUCUCAGUCUCAUAGUUUGAAACUCCACCAACUGACUCAUACUGGUGAAAAGCCAUUUAAAUGUCCAAUAUGUCAGAAAGGAUUUUUUCGUUCUAGUAGUUUGAAGAAACACCAACUGACUCAUAAUGGUGAAAAACCAUUUAAAUGUCCAAUAUGUCAGAAAGGAUUUUCUCAGUCUCAUAGUUUGAAACUCCACCAACUGACUCAUACUGGUGAAAAGCCAUUUAAAUGUCCAAUAUGUCAGAAAGGAUUUUAUCAGUCUAGUAAUUUGAAACAACACCAACUGACUCAUACUGGUGAAAAAACAUUUAAAUGUCAAAUAUGUCAGAAAGGAUUUUAUCAGUCUAGUCAUUUCAAACAACACCAACUAACUCAUACUGGUCAAAAACCAUUUAAAUGUUUAAUAUGUCAGAAAGGAUUUUCUCAGUCUUAUAGGUUGAAACUCCACCAACUGACUCAUACUGGUGAAAAGCCAUUUAAAUGUCCAAUAUGUCAGAAAGGAUUUUAUAAGCCUAGUCAUUUGAAAAAACACCAACUGACUCAUACUGGUGAAAAACCAUUUAAAUGUCCAAUAUGUCAGAAAGGAUUUUCUCAUUCUAGUUAUUUGAAGAAACACCAACUGACUCAUAAUGGUGAAAAACCAUUUAAAUGUCCAAUAUGUCAGAAAGGAUUUUCUCAGUCUCAAAGUUUGAAACUCCACCAACUGACUCAUACUGGUGAAAAGCCAUUUAAAUGUCCAAUAUGUCAGAAAGGAUUUUAUCAGUCUAGUCAUUUCAAACAACACCAACUGACUCAUACUGGUGAAAAACCAUUUAAAUGUCCAAUAUGUCAGAAAGGAUUUUCUCAUUCUAGUUAUUUGAAGAAACACCAACUGACUCAUACUGGUGAAAAGCCAUUUAAAUGUCCAAUAUGUCAGAAAGGAUUUUUUCGUUCUAGUAGUUUGAAGAAACACCAACUGACUCAUAAUGGUGAAAAACCAUUUAAAUGUCCAAUAUGUCAGAAAGGAUUUUCUAUGUCUAGUAAUUUGAUACAACAUCAACUAGUUCAUUCUGGUAAAAAACCAUUUAAAUGUGACACAUGUGGAAAAGAAUUAUCUAGUUCUUCAACUUUAAAAAUACACCAACUGAUUCAUUCUGGUGAAAAUCAAUUUAAAUUUGACACAUGUGGAAAAGAAUUAUCUAGUUCUUCAUCUUUAAAUAAACACCAACUGAUUCAUUCUGGUGAAAAGACAUUUAAAUGUCCAAUAUGUCAGAAAGGAUUUUCUCAGUCUCAUCAUUUGAUACAACAUCAAGUUGUUCAUUCUGGUGAAAAACUAUUUAAAUGUCAAAUAUGUCAGAAAGGAUUUACUAACUCUACUCAUUUGAAACAACACCAACUGAUUCAUACUGGUGAAAAACGAUUUAAAUGUUUAAUGUGUCAGAAAGGAUUUGCACUUUUAUAUAAUUUGAAAGUCCACCUACAGAGUCAUACUGGUGAAAAACCAUUUAAAUGUGAAACAUGUGGAAAAGUAUUCUCUCUUGCUUCAUAUUUGAAAAAACACUGCUCGGUUCAUAAAAAUGAUUUUGGGCUUUGAGAAAUCUACCUCCACCACAAGGUAUGAAAUCACAAGAGCGGGUGAUUGGACUAUUGUCCUAUUAUUUUCAAUGGAUCCCAAAUUUUUCCAGCAAGAUCCCUUUAUUAGUAAACAAAAUCUUUCCUCCCCCUGAACAAGUUAAAGAAGCUUUUUAGGCUUUGUCUUUAAGCACUGAUUUAAUCUAAUUUAUAAAUAUGUUUAUUUAUAAUGUUUUUUUUUUUUGAUAUAUUGGAUAUGUUAUUUAAGUUCCUCCUCCUCUUUUUAUACUUGUAGAGAAAUCAAAUAAUUUAUUAUAAAACGGAGUUGUAUUUAGUCAAAUAGUUUCUUCUUGAUGUAACGGAUAUCAAUAUUAUCCUGUUCAUAUUGUGUUAUGUAAUGAUCAAAGGCCAAAGUGUGGUGGAAGUAGGAAAAAUCUUAUGAGAGAUGAGAAUGAUUAGAUUACUUUUGAUCAUGCCUCUGAUAACUUUUCUUUUGACGGCCAUCCCUCAAGAUAUCUUUACUUGUAAAUUGUUCUUACUUGAUUAUGAGUGUCAUUUCAAACCCAGAUGUAAUGUUUUAUUUUUUCUAAUAAACGCUGACUUCAAGAAAUAUGCAACAAUGGCCAAGAACUUACAAAGAAUGUUGUACAGCAAUACGAAUCUAUGGAUCGUCUUCUGUACCUUCUAUCAAUAGUCAAUCUUAUUGAUUUUAAUUAACCUGCAAAAAAAAACCUUUUUUACAUUAUCUCUAUAUCUAUAGACGUUACAUUUGUAUAUAUUUUAAAUGACAUUUUAUUAUAUUUUUAUUUAAUGAGUCAUUCUUGUUGUCAUAAAUGAAAAUAAAUAUAUGAAAUAUUGUUAA